AAUGGUCUCAUGCACAUGGAGAGUUUGUGAAGGAUAUACUUAAAGAUUGUAUUCCGCUUGUAAGAUUUUUUCACAUGGAUAAUGACGAAUAUAUUGAAAAAGUUGUGCCACUUCUUCAUUUGCUCCCAUACCAGCUACGGGUAGAUCUAAUUCGUUACAAACAGACUAAUGGUGCAUAUAAACCUAAAUCAGAAAUAUUACCACCUAGAAAAAGAGUGUCAACAAGGAAGGAUGCUGGUACUACCUCAGACUCCUCUGCAAGCACUUCAUACCCGACUCGUACAAUAGAUAGUCAAAGUGAAUCUCCAAAGCCUCAACCAGAAUCCAGAAGACCACAGACGCCUUCAGGUAUUAAUACUGACAGUCCACCACCACAGGCAAAAACUAAGGAUGUCUCUCAGAAUGUGUCAUCACUGAUUCUUAACAAUGCACAGGUUCAGUGGGUAGUAAAUGCUAUAGAGGCUAUAUUAUCCAGGCAUUUAAAAGUGCAGACAUCUAGCUCCUUGAAUUUACUUUAUCGAGGUAGUCGUGAUGGUUAUAAACCAAGUGUUUUCCAUAGUUUAUGUGAUAAUCAAGGGUCUACUGUUACAGUUAUUAGAAUCAAGGGGACUAACGAAAUAAUUGGUGGAUUUAACCCCACAAGCUGGAACAAAGCAUUUCAGAAAUAUACACACACAUCUAUUAGUUUUUUGUUUGCAUUGAAGUCAAGUGGCAAUGUUUUAAGUCUUUGUAAAAAACCUGCCAUGGCUGUUUGUAAUGACCCAAAUUAUGGGCCAACUUUUGGCAAGGAUUUGGUUCUUGCUGGUAGUUUUACUCUUCUUGGCAAUUAUUCAAUUCAUGAUGCGUAUUUCAAACCUAUUAGAGAUAGUAUGGGCAUGUUUUCUGUGGAGGAGAUUGAAGUCUUUCAA